UGAUGACACAAGCUCUUUUGGACUUGCCCAUAAAAAAAUCUUGAAAAAAAUCACAACUUUUCUCAGGUCAAUAUAUCCCAAUAAAGACUCAACCAUCUUUCCCAUUUUCAGGAAAAAAAUCAAGAAAUGGAUGGCCAUCAUCAUGGUGGUGGUGGUGGCUAUGGAAGUAGCAGAGUUCCUCUUUUACAUGGAGGGGGGGGUGGAAAGAGAAACUAUGAAGCUCAAAAUGGGCAGGCUACUGACCUUGAACAUGGAGAUGCUGUUCCGGCUGCCAAUGUGAGCUUUUUGAGAAUACUGUCACUGGCAAAGCCGGAGGCAAAAAACCUAGUUAUUGGUACCGUCGCACUGCUGAUUGCAUCCACAACUGGCUUAUUAAUACCAAAGUUUGGUGGGAAGAUAAUUGACAUCGUGUCUGGUGAUAUCCAAACACCUGAGCAGCAAACUGAAGCAUGGAAUGAAGUCAAGAGCACUAUAUUUGAAAUAUUUUUGGUUGUCAUUGUUGGUUCAAUUUGCGCAGCACUUCGAGCAUGGUUGUUUUCUUCUUCCAGCGAAAGGGUUGUUGCCAGGUUGCGGAAGAAUCUGUUUGGUCACCUCGUGAGCCAGGAGAUAGCAUUUUAUGAUGUUACAAGAACAGGAGAACUUCUAAGUAGGCUAUCUGAAGAUACUCAGAUCAUAAAAAAUGCUGCCACGACCAAUCUUUCUGAGGCCCUCAGAAACCUCUCUACUGCAGCAAUCGGGCUCGCCUUUAUGUUUUCAACGUCUUGGAAAUUAACAUUGCUUGCUCUACUUGUUGUCCCGGUCAUCUCUGUCGGAGUACGUCAAUUUGGCCGAUAUCUUCGUGAGCUUUCCCACAAGACUCAAGCUGCAGCUGCAGUAGCUGCUUCAAUUGCUGAGGAAACUUUCGGCGCCAUACGCACAGUGAGAUCUUUUGCCCAGGAAAGUUACGAGACGUCACGUUAUUCAGAGAAAGUCAAUGAGACCUUGAAGCUUGGACUUCAACAAGCUAAAGUAGUCGGUUGUUUUUCUGGCGGUAUGAACGCAGCUUCAACAUUAUCAGUUAUUGUAGUAGUGAUAUAUGGAGCUAAAUUGACGAUUUCUGGUUCUAUGACCUCGGGUUCUCUUACAUCCUUCAUUCUCUACAGCCUCACUGUUGGAUCAGCUGUGUCAGGGCUGUCAGGGUUAUAUACCGUUGUGAUGAAAGCUGCUGGAGCAAGCAGGAGAGUUUUUCAGCUUCUGGAUCGUGUUUCAUCCAUGCCAAAAUCAGGAAACAAGUGUCCACUUGGUGAUGAAGAUGCGGAGGUCGAUCUGGAUGAUGUCUGGUUUGCUUAUCCUUCCCGUCCUAAUGACAUGGUGCUCAAGGGCAUAACACUUAAACUGCAACCUGGGUCAAAGGUUGCGCUGGUUGGCCCAAGUGGUGGUGGAAAGACAACAAUAGCAAACUUGAUUGAGAGGUUUUAUGACCCUCUCAAAGGAAAGAUUUUGCUUAAUGGAGUCCCUCUUGUAGAUAUAUCACAUGAACAUCUACACAGAAAGAUCAGUAUAGUUAGCCAAGAACCGGUGCUUUUCAACUGCUCCAUUCAUGAUAAUAUUGCUUAUGGGUUCGAUGGCAAAGCAAGCAGUGUUGACGUGGAAAAUGCAGCUAAAAUGGCAAAUGCCCAUGAAUUUGUAUCAAAAUUCCCAGAAGGAUACCAGACUUUUGUUGGAGAACGUGGUGUAAGGCUUUCAGGAGGUCAGAAACAAAGAGUAGCCAUCGCAAGAGCUCUAUUGAUGAACCCCAGAAUUCUCCUGUUAGAUGAGGCCACCAGUGCUCUCGAUGCUGAAAGUGAAUACCUAGUUCAGGAUGCCAUGGACUCUCUGAUGAAUGGGAGGACUGUUCUAGUCAUUGCGCAUAGGCUUUCAACAGUCAAAACUGCAAAUACUGUGGCAGUUAUAUCUGAUGGCCAGAUAGUUGAGAGGGGAACACAUGACGAGCUUCUUGACAAGAAUGGUAUUUACACUUCGCUAGUCAAGAGACAACUACAAGGGCCAAAAACAGAAGUUUAGUUAUUGAUUAGAGGUGGUGACACGCAGACUGAGGUAUUCGAGUCUUAUCAGGGAAAAAUUAGUUUUCUCCUGCUUUAUCAACGGUCCUUAAAAAUUCUGUUUCAGUUCAUGUUUCACACGCUUUCUGCACAUACCAUAUGCUAGCUUGGAGAAUAACAAUAGUUUCGACAUUUGCAAUUAAAUUUAGUCCUAUGCUGAUGUAACUUGUAAAUGAAUACCAUGUUGAAGCUCCCUUUUUUUUAAGCGUACUUGUAAUUUCUGCAGCCAGGUGAGUGUAAACCAGUAAUCACUGUGUUACAUGUCAUCUAACGUCGGAUAAACCAUUUUAUAAACUAUUUUAGCUCCGGUUCAAAUUA